CCAGACCAGAGUGGUGUUCCGUCCCAUACGGAUCAAAAGAGCUUUAUUGACGUUCUGUAUAAAAAGCAGCUGUUCAAAAGAGUUCUGUGUUCAUAGUGAUGUAGGAAAACUUAUGUAAUUGCGCGCUAUUAUUUUUAGAAACGAAAGAUGACGUCUUUAUUGAAGAAUCAAAUUAUUAAACAUCUGUCUAAAUUUGUCAAGAAUCUGUCACCAGAUAAAAUCAACCUUAGCACACUUAGAGGAGAAGGUGACCUUACUAAUCUUGAGCUUGAUGAGAAAGUGUUGACCAGUUUGUUGGAGUUGCCAAACUGGUUAACUCUUGACAGAGCUUGGUGCAAUCGAGUUUCUAUAAGAAUUCCUUGGACAAAGCUCAAAAGUGUUCCAAUAUGCCUGAGCUUGGAUGAGGUCCAUGUAUCUAUGGGAACCUGCUCGGAAUUACGUCAGCCCUCAACUAACCUCAAGCCUCCAACUUAUGCAACUGGUGGUAAAUAUGGCUUUUCUGACAAGGUAGUUGAUGGAGUAACAGUUAGUGUAAACUCAUUAAUCAUCAACUUUAAAAGCCCUGCAUUUGAAGCCUCCUUACAAUUUUCGCGCAUUCUACUCGAGUCAGCAUCUCCUACUUGGCAGCAUGGUGAUUUACGAUUUUCCCGGUUAAAGGAUCCAGACUCAGGAUUGAUAUUACUAUUUAAGGAGUUACAGUGGCAAACUCUUCGUCUGGAAGCACGGUCUACCGCCGGGGACUUGUCUUUACCGCCACUUCGCCUAAUAACUAAUCAGUCCAAAUGUCGUAUUACGAUAAAAAAGCGCCUUAUGGACUGCGCUGUUAUUGGCUGUCGCCUCGUCCUGAUCAUGGAUGAACUGCUUUGGGUUCUGACAGAUGCACAGCUUAGCGCUGCUGUUCUUUUUCUUCAAUCACUCUCGACUUUGAUUGAACAGGACACUUUGGUUAAUCAAAGGUUUAAGGCUGCGCGAAAGUUGGAGACGCUCCCCGAGUAUCACGCACAGCAGCAGCAGCAGCAACAGCAACAUCGUUCUGGUGUUCCUGGUUGUACACAGAAAUCUCCGAGCCCAAUUUCUCGAGUGUUUGCUCGUCAUGACGUUCUAGAAACCUCGUAUCAUUUCUUCUCGGAGAAGAUCGAUUUUCAUUUUUGUGACGACCCUGGAGAGGGUAGAAGCAGUCAUCCGGAGCUAAAAGAUGGUGGAGCCCUUCAGGUUACAUUGACUCAGCUUCAGCUCGAUUUCUAUCCGUAUCACUGGGCAGCAGCUGAGGCUGGAAGCCACCGUAAACAUUGGGUAGGCUACGAAGAAGGACCUCUUUCUCGAUGGGUCGAACAAGGAAUCUCUCAGUUCACGAAGCAACUCCUUCACAUGGAUUCGCCUACUCACAAUAAGUUGACGCGUAGUCUAGCCAACGAUGGACCUUCAGCUCCACAUGCUAGUCCAAAGAUUACACCCAACAUGUCCAUGCUACAGGAAUCCAUCCUCCAUCGUCUAAGACAACUCAUGAGCACAUGCUUAAUUCUUAGGCUUGGUGAUUUCCUUGUCUACCGAGUGACGACAGCCAAGAGCCGUCAAUCGCCAAAAGAAUUUAUAGUUGGUGAUCGAGGCCGGUUUCCUCUUCCGGAUACUAUGCCAAUUAUUCAUAUGGAACUUACCCAGUUCUAUUAUCCUGGCGACGUGGAAUUUCCUCUUCCUCAACCCAAGUGUUUCAUCCAGCUCAAUCCGCUACAGCUUAAUUUCGACGGAUUGACCAUACUGUGGUUACACGUAUUUAUCCGCGGGUUAGAAAAGACUUUGACUUCACGUACGCCUUCAUCAGGUGUCCCUGAUUCGUUAAACAAAUCUGCACCAGUGCCAGAACCGCAACUUGAAAUACGUUUGGAAGCUUUGAUGCCAAGAAUGAUUUUUGAGCUACCAGGAUGGGAACGUCCACGGUCCCUACAGCUACAAGUGUCAAGACUAGUGUGUUCCAACUUCCGAUCGAUAGAUAGUGGCUCGCAGGCAGAUCUGGCAGCCUGUCUAGAGAAAAUACAAGGCGGUUCGUCAGAGUGCCCUGGAGGUCUUUGCUUCGCCUCCGCUUUCCCGGCGAAGGAUAACGACCUAUCACCAAUUAGCGAGACACUGCUGAAGCAUGCCACUCAAACACAGUCUAGUCAGACAUCAGGCGGAUGGAAAAGAGAUCUCUUCUGGUCGAAAGAAACGGAGCAAGUCUGGUUCAUACACCUUGAUCCUUUCUGGGCGGAUUUUUUUGCCGUCAGCGGCCAGAUAUCCAAAACAAAACCUUUACCUUUCAUCGGGACGGUUCCCAUCACUGCUUGGAUUCAACCGGAUCAAGAAAGGAUUUCUGGACUUGUGAAUAUCAGUAGUCUUUUGAGUGUUCAGCUUGAUCGCGCUGAGUACGUGUUCCUCCUGCGCGUCAUGGAAAACUUGAAGGAAACAACAUCAUUUUUGGAUCACCAAGAAAAAAAAUUCAGUACAGGGGAUACAUCGCAAUCGGUGGUUCUCGGAGCAGUCGUUCCACAGGUUGACAUAUCCAUCUUAUUUCCACCUCAGGCUGCUUCAGCCCUGCAAGCCUUAGAUGAUGGCGAUUCUCCUUUAGGGGACACAGAAUCAAUAUAUCCUGACACGUCCAGCAUGACAGACAUAGCCAGCCUUGGUCGUACCAUGAAUGGAUUAAAGCUCCGUAACUCACAUUCAGAGUACGUUGUUUCGCCGCCGACCAACAUUGGAAAUACCAAUUAUUUAACAGAUGCCGUUACAAUCGUCAAAUCACAAAGUGAUAGUAUGAUUGAAAUAUCUGGAAGUAACGAUGCAAUCAGAGGCCCUGAAGACUGCAAAGUAGGUGGACACACCCCAGUUGUCUCACAAAGAUCAGUGACAUUUGCCGAUCGCAAGCAACCGCCGCAGCAGUCUGGAUUCAGUUCGAUUUCGAGGGGCCUCCACAGUUUCAUGUCAAGCAUGGAUGCAGCCCUCAGGCAUCCUACUCACAUACCAGACGAUGCGAGCGACUGCUAUUCUAUCCGAAGUGAAGGUAGUUCAGAUAGCAGCGAUAAUUUCACGGUAUUGCAAGCCGAAUACACCGAAAAUCAUCAGGACAUUCUUGGCGUGUUCAAACCGAAAAAUUCGCAAGGAGCCUCAUCCGAAAUUGAAGUUUCUGCCGAUCCGCUUAGUGACGCCGCGACAGAAGAGCUCGAUGAAGUGGCUGUCGAAGUGUGCGAAGAUACCCCAACCACUAGUGAUCAAUCUUCGGCCGCACCAACAAUGGCUUCAUUUGCAUCACUUCGUAGUCGUGAUGUUGCCAUUGUGACAAUCCACAUAAACGAUCUUGAGUUCAUUCAACAGUCAAUUGGGUCGACUGCAUCUCUACGCUUGCAAGCUGGUCAUGUGUCUUGCGACGAAUGCACGGCCAUGUCCCAAGAGGAAUUCCAAGCAAAGUUCGCAUCGAGAAGUCGAGGUUGGCGAGAAGUCCAAGUUGAUACAGAAAGACAAUCCGGUACAAAUGUGCAUCCACUCCGAGUCCGAAUGGAACAGAAAAUGGAUUUCUCUCCAGAACGCGUAGAUCUGAGUGGAUCACUUAGGGAGGCCGUAGCGGCGGCAACCGAAGCUUGGAUUGAAGCCAGUUUGACUCAUUUGAGUUUGUCCCUGCAACUUAGUUCUGUCACUGGAUUAACAGCCUUCGUCGAAGACGAGCUCGAGGCACCAGUCAUUCCUCUCUUUAUAAACUUGCGUGAUGUCGAGUGUUCACUGAUUGAAGAUCGGCCUCCCAUACGCGUCGGGGGACCGCCACCAGUUCCUCCCCCUCCAAUGGUCGUCCGCAUCAAACAUUUGCUCGUCCAGAGGAAUCAUUGUGGUGUCAUUUCUGUCGGCGUCAACGAACCUAAUCCCAACAGCCUUAUUUCCCGCGGUGAUUCUGCCAACCGGGACUUGAGAGAAGCUGCGCUCCGAUCAAGAAUCGAGGAACUGGAACGGGAAAACGCCUCGUUACAUCAACGGCUCAGCAAUAAAAUAAAUUGAAAUCUAGUCAAUCCGUUAUUACCUUGCCUUUUUAUAUUAUAAUUUUUUUUUCUACCUGUCACCUUCCAUGGUUCUUUGCGCUAUUCGUUAAGUUACAUCGAUUAACGCAUGCUAAUCGUAAACGAAACGAGUCUUUCUUCGUCGUGCGGUGAUGCCUGUGUGAAUUUUUUACUGUCAGUUCGCGAGGAAUGUUCUUUGUUCUCCAAAAAUCUUUGCCCUUUAAUGGCGUACAUGGUUGUUACACGUUUGCGCGGUGUGUUCUGGUCCAUCAGCUAUCUGUUAGAUUCGAUGUUCAUAAUAGUUUCCCUUGUCACGUUUGGGAUAUGUUUGUGGUUCGUUCUCCAUUUUCAUUUUUUUUUUUGUCUUCUUCCUAUUGUUUCGUUAUCCUUUUUGGCUAGUCCCUACGAACGCCGAUCGGCCUUAAAAAUCAUUCGCAUGAACCGUCCGUGUUGAUUAUGACAUUCCCGCUGUCGGACGCUUUGGCGAGUGUUACCGAUCGAUAGAAGGACUCUAAAGGGAGUUUUAUGAAAUCAAUAAAUAUUAUUCGACUCA